AUGGCCGCUACGCAUCGUAUCGCCGUCAUUCAAUGGCAUAUCAAGGAGCUUGACAUUGAGUACAAUCAUACAAAAGCAUGCAACUACAUCCGUGAAGCUGCUGCACAAGGCGCCGAGUUAGCCGUUCUUCCAGAACCCCCGUUGGGCAAUCCAAGCCGGCGAAUCCCCCAGUACCUAGCAAAAUACCAAAGUCUGGCCAAGGAACUGCAUAUCUGCAUCGUACCGGGUUCAAUUAUCGAGAAGCACACAAGGCCCGACCAAUCAAUCCUGUUCUACAACACAGCAUACUUCAUCUCAAACGAUGGCACUGUGCUCGGCUCCUACAACAAAAAGAACAUCUGGCACCCGGAGCGGCCCUUCCUCACCUCAGGCUCAGAGCCUCAUACGGCAAUAGACACACCGAUCGGUCGUGUGGGAAUGUUGAUUUGCUGGGAUUUGGCAUUCCCCCCGGCAUUCCGGGAAUUGAUCCGCGACGGGGCACAGAUUGUGAUUGUGCCUACUUACUGGACCCCUCACGACGCCUCCCCCGAGGCCCGCGCGUAUAAUCCGGAUUGUGAAGCCCUGUUCGUCGAGUCGAUCAUUACAUCCCGCUGCUUCGAGAAUACCUGUGGUAUUGUCUUCUCCAACGCUGCUGGGCCGUCGGAGGAUUUCUUGGGCAUGUCGCAGAUUACUCUUCCUCUUGUUGGGCCGAUUGCUAAGAUGGGGACUGAGGACGGAUUCGUUGUUGCCGAUUUAGAUACGAGGGUUGUUGCAACCGCGGAGAGGAACUACAGAGUGCGAAAGGACCUAAGCAGUGAGCAUUGGCACUAUGCUUAUGCUCAUACCAAGGUUGACUAG